AUGAUUAACGAGGACGGGAAGCUUGUAGAUUUGUAUAUUCCCAGGAAGUGCUUUGGAACAAACAGAAUCAUCUCAGCCAAAGACCAUGGAGCAGUACAAAUCAACAUUGGACUGGUUGAUGAAAGAGGCGUCUACAACAACUCAAAUUUCAGCUUGGCUUUGAGUCCAGAAAUGAGGCAGAGAGGCGAUGCCGAUGAGGUCGUCAAUAGGCUUCUAAGAGAGCAAGGCCUUUUACCCUCUAACAAUUAA